GGCGCCAGUGCGGAAGUGAAAGUCGUCCAUGAUGGGUCUUCUGUGAGUGUUGCAGGAAGUUGCGCAUGACGGCCAGCGAGAUACGAUGGCGCCUCUCGACCUGGAUAAAUAUGCAGAGAUCGCCAAACAGUGUAAAUACCUGCCAGAGAACGACCUGAAGAGGUUAUGUGACUACGUGUGUGAUCUUCUGCUGGAGGAGUCCAACGUCCAGCCCGUCUCUACCCCUGUAACAGUAUGUGGGGACAUACAUGGACAGUUUUACGACCUCUGCGAACUCUUCCGAACCGGCGGCCAGGUUCCAGACACAAAUUACAUAUUUAUGGGUGACUUUGUUGACCGAGGAUACUACAGUCUGGAGACGUUCACCUACCUGCUGGUUCUGAAAGCCAAGUGGCCCGACCGCAUCACACUUCUACGUGGAAACCACGAGAGCAGACAGAUCACCCAAGUUUACGGCUUUUAUGAUGAGUGCCAGACCAAGUAUGGCAAUGCAAAUGCGUGGCGUUACUGCACCAAGGUGUUUGAUAUGUUAACAGUUGCAGCUCUGAUGGACGAGCAGAUCCUGUGUGUCCACGGAGGCCUCUCCCCAGACAUUAAGACCCUAGAUCAGAUUCGAACCAUUGAGCGGAACCAAGAGAUCCCCCACAAGGGAGCGUUCUGUGACCUGGUGUGGUCAGACCCUGAAGAUGUGGACACUUGGGCCAUCAGUCCCAGAGGAGCUGGCUGGCUCUUUGGUGCGAAGGUCACAAAUGAGUUCGUUCACAUCAACAACCUGAAGCUGAUUUGCCGGGCGCACCAACUGGUCCACGAAGGCUACAAGUUCAUGUUUGACGAGAAGCUGGUCACCGUGUGGUCGGCUCCCAACUACUGCUAUCGCUGCGGCAACAUCGCCUCCAUUAUGGUUUUCAAAGAUGCGAACACGAGAGAGCCGAAGCUCUUCAGGGCAGUGCCUGACUCUGAAAGAGUCAUUCCACCCCGAACAACUACUCCCUAUUUCUUGUAAGCACAUUAAACUAAAAAGAGCGUAGCCAUUUGUUCAGUUCACAGAUAUUAAACGGGACUGUGUCAUCAGUGCUUGUGAACUCUUGUGAAUUCUGUGUAGAUUAUUUAGACCAUUACAGUGCAUUCCUCUGUGCCAACUGUAAAUUGUUAUUCCCAGUCUUUGCGUAUGAAGCCAUUAUUCUGCAGCUUAUAUCCCACCGAGACAUUACAGUGGCGUAGUAUCAUGGCUGUGCAGUUGUGAGGUCUGAGAGGAAAGAUUAACGUUACCCACAAGUCCACAGGUGUAAAAUGUUCAUAUUUAUAAAUCUCAGUUUUACUUUGCAAUAAAAAUUCACUCUGCUGAGCAAAUGUCAGGUGCAGUGUUAAAUAAAAUCUUGAUUUGA